AGGAGUUUGGUCAGAUGCUGAUGCUCAUGUCGGCACUCGCGCACGUCAUUUUCAUGGCGCUGUACGGCGGGUUCCUGCUGGUGUUGCGGCAUGCGGGGGUGGAGGAGGAGGGGCAGACGGACAAGAUCCACCAGCGGCCUGAGGUGAUGGCUCUGCUGAUCGUGUUGGGGCUCAUGAGCUUCGGAGGACUGCUGGAGGAGGCGUCGCAGAUGAUGGAGCUGACGUGGCGCACCUGGCGCAACUACCUGGGCAACAUAGUGGACGUGACCUCCUUCGCGCUCUUUGUCGUACUGUUCGGCAUGGUGUGGUCGUCGUACCGGUACGACGUCAUCCUGGCGGUUGGAGCGGUUGAAACGCUCGUACUGUUCAUCCGGCUGGUGUUUUUCGCCUCCAUGACCGACUCCAUGGGCAGCCUGAUGCGCAUGGUGAUCGAGAUCAUUAAAGACAUGAGAUACUUCUUCACACUGCUCGGGAUGAUAUUCAGCGGCUUUGCCAUCGCCUUCGCCGUACUGCUGGGCCCCAGCAACAGCUACGAGGCGGUGGCGUUCAAGCUGUUCAGUGUGAUGCUGGGCGACUGGCAGUACGACUACUUGCUGGACAUGAUGCACACGGAGGAC